AUGAAGUUCUUGGGCGCUCUUUUACUGGCGGCCACGUCUGUCACGGCGCUCAGCGGCAAGGCGACGACUACACGCUAUUACGAUGGUCUGAAGGGAGCUUGUGGUUGUGGUACCGGUAAUACGGCCUUUGGGUGGCAGUGUACGAAUCGCUGUGGAAACGGCCUUUACACCGCUGCUGCCUCCACUUCUUUGUUUGGCAGCGCGACGUGGUGUGGCUCCGGCUGUGGGACGUGCUUCAAGCUCACGUCCACCGGCUCAGCGCCCUCGGGCCAGGGCACGGGAGGGGCAGCGGGCAGCAGCAUCACGGUGAUGGUCACGAACCUCUGUCCAUACAAUGGCAAUGAGAAGUGGUGCCCUCAGAGCGGUAACAAUGACUACGGGUACGCUUAUCAUUUCGACAUCAUGGCACAGAGUCAGGUGCUGGGCGACAAUCCGAUCGUGGACUUUGAACAGGUGUCCUGUCCCAGUACCCUGUCAUCCGACUACCAACAGUGCCAGUGUGCCACAGGCGGUUAA